GUCUCACAAUGUGGUCUGUUUCGGUCAAGACAUUAGUGAGUUUUUACAACUCGCAUGUCAAGUCGUCGUUUGCGUGUCGCAUGUGUUUUUCUAUUUUGUCAAGUGUGAAGUGUCCAUCGUGUCGCAGGUGUGUGCAGCAAGCCCCCAUCAACUCAAGAAGAAUUUAUCUUGAAGAACCAAGACCAAGAGCUCAAGAUUUCAAGCCCAAGGGACGCGGAUAAAUAUUCAAUAGUGAAAAUAGCAACGCUACUUCGUGUAGUGUUACAUUUCACUUGGUGUAGCCCCUUGGAGGGUUUGUUUUGUGACUCUUCGUGGUUGGGGACUCUGUGGUGGUGUACCACCAACCUGGACCUCGGCUCUUGGGCGGCGGUGGCUGUGGUUUUGGAGCGGCAAAUGGCGGCCCUUCGAAUUGACGAAGGCGAACCGGUGGAGGACGGAGUGCAGAAAUUCUUCGACUUGUUGACACGGCUUGAAGGAGCUGACCUGAACUACAGUGACCUUCAAAAGAAGACCAAGCUGCUGGCCUUGCUUCCGGACUCAUGGUCCUCGCUCAUCAUCAACCUAAAUCGAGAUCUGCCCCGCCUCUCGCUCGAAGAUGUGAAGCGGGAAAUCUUACAAGAAGAUUUCCGUCGUCGUGAAUUGGCGGGUACCGAUGGUGCCGGAGUUGCAAGCAUGGGCCAUCGAUACCCGGGCCAAUUCUUCUUUGUCUCCACGCAAGCGGCAGCUGCAGCAGGAGGUGUGGAAGGCAUUGAGGAGCCAGCUACUGUGGGAAAGGUCACCCUUCACUCUCUGGACUUUUGGGUGAUCGAUAGCGGCGCCACCUAUAGCAUGACACCUCGUGCGGACUUGCUCACCGAACUCGAACCGUCGCCGAUCAAGCAUGUCACAUCGGCUUUGGGGCAGCGAGCAGAGGUGAAAGGCAUGGGCAAGGCCAUGUUCAAGGGUGCUGAUGGGAAGAUGGUGGGCCUCAAGAACGUGCUUUGGGUGCCCAACCUUGCAGCCAACCUGAUUUCUGUGCGACGUUUGCAAAAGGCCGGCAUGGACACAUCUUCCAAGGGAUCCAAAACUUAUACCGCGCGGCUUGGUGAGCGGAAGCUUUGGGACCUUCAUGAGGACAGGGACAUCUACAAUGAAAUGUGGCAAAUCCCAGUGGUCCCCAUGCCUAAGGAGAGGCAAGUGGCAGCAAGCAUCAGCACCAAGAGUGAAGCGGUUGGUGGCGGUGAUCACGGAAAGCAAAGUGACAGCAAGAGUGACUCGAACGAGUGCAAUCUUGGAGAGACCAGCAAGGCGUGUGAAUCCAAGGAGAGUGGUGCAGCAGCCAAAGGUGGUGGAAAUGAGGAGGAGAAUCAUAAGAUCAGCAAAGCAGCAGCAGCAAAGGAGAAAGGAGAGAGCUUCAAGGGAUGGCUUCUUUGGGACCCAUUUACCAAGAAGUUUCUGGUGAGCAGAGAUUGCAAGUUCAUGGAGAACUUACCGUACAAGGAGUGGAAGGCGGAGAACCAAGCGAAGAUUGGUGUGCGGCUUGGAGAGGUGAAGAGUACCGGCUUGGAGCAUGUGGAGCUGCCCUUGGAGCUGAGUAGCAGCAGCACUAUCACAAGGCAAUCUACUCAAAUGAAUGGGGGAGAAGAGGAGGAGGAGGUGCAGCAAGGUGAUGAGCGUGCACCGUCACUUCCGCCUCGUGCUACAAGUGCUCGCGGGAACCGAGCAGAUUUGCAGCAACGCCAUGAGAGCAUCCAAGUCCCUGCAGUAGAGGAGGAAGGAAGGGGGAGAAGGAAGACUCAGCCCCCCAAUAGGUUAAGCUAUGAACGGCUUGGAGGAGCAGCCAACUCAACCUUGACCGGUUCGGCUCUCAUGCUAGGCGAUGAAGCGGAAGAUGAAAGCGAGGAGUGCGCUUUUGCCUUCUUCUCUCCGCUGAAGAAAGCACUCUAUGGCCUCAAGCAAGCCCCUAGGCAAUGGUACAUCAAGCUGCGGGAAGUCUUGGAGGCGAUCGGUUUCACUCCCUCAACGGCCGAUCAAUCGUUGUUCAUGCUUGGCGAGGGGGAGCAGAGGAGCUUCAUGGUGGUUUAUGUGGAUGAUAUCCUCAUAUUCUCACCCUCCUCUGACCUUGUGAAGGAGCCCCUUGGAGGGUUUGUUUUGUGACUCUUCGUGGUUGGGGACUCUGUGGUGGUGUACCACCAACCUGGACCUCGGCUCUUGGGGUAUGUA